AUGGCUGCACCAUAUACUGCACAGGAGAAACAAUAUUUCGAUCAACUGUUUGCCAUUGUUGACAAAGACAAUACCGGCAUUCUCCCAGGACAAGAUGCGUAUCCAUUCUUGACUUCAUGCAACUUACCCACUACCUCUCUCGGUGAAAUAUGGGCUUUAGCCGAUCCUGAAAACAACGGUUUCCUUACCAAGGAAGGAUGGUAUAGAGCUGCAAGGAUUAUCGGUUGGUUACAAAAAGGUGGAGCUACCACUGUAGAUGACACAUUAGCACAAAAAGCUGGUCCAUUACCGACUUUCGAUAAAGGUCCCCCUCCUCCACCAACCAUUCAACCUCAACUCACAGGUCAAAGAGCUGCGCCCCUCUCUGCACACAACACCGGUUCCGGUCUGGCUCAACCAUCUCUUCCAGCAUUGACACCUGCCGAUCGGGCGAAAUUCACUAGACUUUUCGCUGGUGCUGGACCCCAUAAUGGAUUGGUAUCAGGUGAUAAAGCACGGGAUAUGUUCUUGAAAAGUGGUUUGAGCUAUGACAAACUCGGUCAAAUCUGGAACCUCGCUGAUACGCAAGAAAGAGGAUCUUUGGAUCUCACAGAUUUCGUCAUUGGAAUGUACCUCAUUCAAAGUUGUAUGACAAACUCAAACCUGAUUCUACCUGCUGUAUUACCACCCGGAAUAUAUGAAGUGGCUUCUGGUGGAAGGGCACCUCCUCCAAAGGCUCCCGCUAGUCCUAUCUCUAGACAACAUACAGGUGGAGCGGUACCUAGUCCUAUAAGACCUCAAUAUACAGGUGGUGUAGGUGGUACUGGUAUUCUUCAACCUCAGAGAACAGGUCAAAGCGCUACUGGUAACUCUGGAUUAGCUACCCCACCAAGAUCAAAUACAGCUCCAUCAACAAAAUUCGCUAGUCCACCUACGGCUUCUAGUUUCUCAACUUUACCUUCGACCUCGUCUUUCGGUGGACCAACGAGACAAAUGUCAGGUUUCGCUCAAUCUCAACCUCAAUCACAGCAAUGGGACGUCACACCUCAAGCUAAAGCCACUUCUGAUCAAUUCUUCUCUCAACUUGAUACUCAAAAUAGAGGUGUGAUAGAAGGUGAUGUUGCAGUUCCUUUCAUGCUACAAAGUCAGCUGGAUGAGAACACCCUUGCUUCUAUAUGGGACUUGGCGGAUAUCCGGAAAGAAGGUAAACUCACUCGAGACGAAUUUGCCGUGGCUUUGCACUUGAUCAACGCCAAAUUGGCAGGUCAAGAACCCCCGACCUCACUCCCAAACAGCCUUGUUCCUCCCUCACUUCGAGAAGCAUACGGAAAUGGUGCACAAGAGGUAUUGCAAAAUCAAGGUGCUAGUAGCGCAACCAAGGACUUGUUCGAUAUCUUUGCCGAUGAUGAACCUGCUCCUACACCAAAAGCGAGCAGUCCUCAACAACAAUCGCAAGCUCAACCCUUCCAGGCUUCCGCUUUCUUGCCUCAGCCACCACCUCCGCCGACUAGAAGGAUGACAGCUCAGACCACUGGACAAAGGGCGAUCUCACCCGCUCCUACUGGUCAACCAGCUCAGACUGGCUUUGGAAUGGCUCCUUUCGCACCCGCUGCCCGAGGAGGUGAUCUUCUUGGCGAUGAUUCAGCUGAAGACAAGCCUUCUUCAGUACCCGACCAUUCUGCUGAGCUCGGAAACAAACAGAAUCAACUUGCUAAUACCACUAGAGGUCUUUCGGAUCUAGAAAAAACACGAGGUGAAUUGGAGGAGAACGCCAAAUCUUCUGCUGCUCAAAUAGAGGAACUGGAAGCGAAACUAUCCUCUGCUCGAUCUCGACAUGAAACUGAGACCAAAGCCGUGGCUGAUCUCCGUACUCGUGUCGCUGAGCAGAAAGACCGAAACAAGAAGUUGGAGAGUGAGGUCAUCUCUGCUGAAUCAGAUCUUUCAGCUAUGAGGUCCGAGAAAGAUGAAUUAGAACAGGCUCUUCUAAGAGAUAAAGAGGAAAUUCGAGGGUUACAGAAGAUGAUGAAAGAAGUAGAAGAGGAAAAGACCGGGAUGAAAUUGGUCUUGGAGAAACUGAGGAAAGAAGCAAGACAACAGAAAGGAAUGUUGAGUAUAGCUAAGAAACAACUUUCUACGGCCGAAGGAGGGAGAGAUGCUGUGCAGAAGGAAACGAGGGAUGUCGAGCAGGAGAUAGAAGAAGAUAAGAGAGAGCUCGAACGAGUUCCCUCUCCCCAACAGCAUGUCAGCCCACCACCGCAAGCACCACCCGCUCUCUUCUCACCUUCAGUCGCAGCUGGCGUACCUCUUCCAGCCACACCUAAAGCACUCAGUCCCGCUCCGACUGGUACAUCCACCCGUUCAAACAAUCCUUUCGAGAGACUUGUCGGUGCUCGAUCCCUUCCACCUUCUCAGGCUACCUCUCCUCCUCCUUCUCAACAAGAAGAGCCAACCUCGCCUGGCUUUGGCGCCGGAGCUUUCGCAGCUGUCGGCGCUGCUGCAGGUGUAGUUGUCGCUGGGGCUGAAACACUCUACGAUGCUGCCAAGGAUGCUGUUUCUGGUGGAUCUCCUGAAAAGACUGAACCCAAGGAGCUGGAAGAAGCCGAUCCCUUCGGCGCAGCGACCGUCGAAAGUGAGAAAACCCCCGUGCCACAAGCCUCCGGAGAAGAAACCGAUCCAUUUGGUGCGUCUACAGUCAAAGAGUCCACCGAUCCUUUCGGUGCCCCUUCAACUCCUAAAGCGACUGGUGGAAGCGGAUUUGACGAGUUCGAUUCGGGAUUCGGCGACUCUUUUUCAGCCGCUCCUCUCGCUGCUGCAGACAAACAGCCAACCGAAGAAAUGCAUCUUGCACCAGCAUCUGAACAUGUCGGUGAAGCUGCCCCAACAGAUUUCGAUAGUGCCUUUGCAGCUUUCGAUCAACCUCCUGCCGAGCUAGCUGAUAACGCUCAAAACCAUGUCGAUCUUGACGAAGGAAUUCCCAGUGGAAUAUCCAAAUCCGACAUUCCUAGCGAUUUCGGUGCUCGACCAGAAGCCGAAAGAACUUAUUCGACUCAAGCCAGUGCUCCCGAAAGCAUCCCCUCUACUCCAGCCACUGAAGUGCCCUCGAGUGGAUUUGGCAGUCCAACUAAUUCAGAGAGAGCUCCUUUGCCCCCUAGUGCAUUAGCUCAAGAAGUGAAGCCUGAAUACGAAUCUAGCGAUGAUGAAGAAGAAGGUCCAGAAGAUUUAGAGGGUCCAACAAAGAAAGGCUAUAGUGCGAAAUCCGCAGAUGAUGAAUUCAACUUUGAUGAGCCUGAAGCCACAGCGGAACCAGGGCUAGGACAUGCAUCUGCACCUGAUCUCGGACUAGGUCAACCAAUACUGUCUGUUGAAGAACCCACACCUACAAAAGUAAGAAGACACGCUCCCCCUCCCCCAGCAAAUAAAUCAAGUCUUCCCCCUGGUGCUGCUCCUUCAGCCCCUACAUCUGCUCAGUCGUUUGGUGGAACCGAUGAAUUUGAUCCUUUCGGUGCACCUGUAACCUCAACAACAGUGACCGGUACAGGAAUAGCUUCUCAACAAGGUGUAACACCUAAAACAGCAUCAUUCGAUGAAGAUGAAUUUGAUUUCUCAGAUCUGCCACCUGCUCAAGUUGCUCAUGAGCAAGGACAAGGACAAGGUAUAUCUCAACACCACUCAUCGACGACCCAUCAAGCCAGUUCAUCUUCUGCGUUCGAUGAUGAUUUCGCCAAUUUCGAUGACGAAUUUGAGAAACCAGAUCUAUCUAACAUUGGUAAUGGUGGAUCAGAGAACUCUGGUUCAGGAGGAACCUCAGAAAGCGUUUCCAAAAAUUAUGAGAUGGUCAGCCCACAACCUCAAUCACAAAGAUUUGAUGAAUGGGGAUAUGGAAGUCAUCCAUCCGCUCCUCCACAGGGACAAGCACAAGCACAAGGACAACAAGUGCAGCAAUCACAGCAACCGCAGGGUACGAAAGGAUUCAGCUUUGAUGAUGCCUUCGGUGGCGAUUUCGAACCUUCAGGGUCCAGCUCUGUUCAACAUGAUGAUGCAUUCUCGCCACCUUCCGGUCCUCCACCCGGUCAAUCAGAACAACACUUACAAGCACCACCCAUGCCUCAGAGAAGACCAAGUACUGCCCAACCCGAUGAUAUAGAAGAUGUUAAGAAGCUCUGCGCAAUGGGUUUCUCGAGAACUUUAGUAGUGGAAGCGUUAGCUGCAAAUGGGUACGACUUCCAAAAAUCUCUCAACGUACUGUUAUCUGCUUAA